AUGCACGGCUGGAGCGCACCCGGCGCUCGAGCCGCGGCGUCCGUCCGCGCGAGCGACGGCGGUCGCGACGGCUUCGUCCCCGACGCCAGGUGCGGCCCGCUGGACGACGGCGGCGACGAGCUGUGGGGACGAGCCGCGAUGGCGCGCGCGAAAUCCCGGGACGCGUCCACGCCCGUGGAGAACGAGCUCGGGCUCAUGCGAAGCGCGCGAAAGAAGGUGGGGCCGUACGCGUCGAACGAGACGCUGCGCUCGCACCUCAGGAGCGCGCGGGGGAAGCUGCACUGGGCGGUGAACGGGUAUUUCAGAGCGGCGGUGUUGGAGAGGCUCGACGCCGGCGGCGCCGCCGCGGACUUUGAACCGCGCGGCAUCGUGACGACGGGGGCCCCCGACUUUGCAUCGCGCGCGGAGGGCGACGAAGACGACGGCGACGACGAAGACGACGACGACGACGCGUCGACUUCCGCGCCGCCGCUGCCGCCGCUGGUCUGGGAGACGAUGCUGUCGCGCGUCCCGCCGUCGGACGUCUGCGCCGCCGCCGCCGCGUCGAAGACGGCGAGGGACGCGUCGCGGUCCGCGCUCGUGUGGCGGCGGCAGUACGAGCGUCGAUGGGGUGCUCACGCCGCCGCGAGGGUCGCGAGCAGGGGGGUUGCGAGUCGAGGGGUCCCGGCGAGGAGCGGGGUGGUGCGCCGAGGCGGCGAGGGGUUCGACGGCGCCGGGCCGGAACCGCGGGACGCGGAGGCGGCGGCGGCGGAGAGGGGCGCGGCGACGGAGCGCGCGGCGUUCGCGACCGUGGACUGGCGCGCGGCGUACAAGCGCAGGCACGAACAAGAGCGCGACAUGACGUGCCCGGAGUGCCUCUCGUGUAAGGUGAUGCCGAUCGUGUACGGGUUCCCCUCCCCGGCGCUCGUGACGGCGCUGAAACGGAGCGAGGUGCUCCUCGGCGGCGACUACCUCGUCGAGGGCGAUCCGAGCUGGGCGUGUCAACUGUGUCAAUCGAGGUGGCGCGCGUGGCCGUUCGCGUGGCCGGACCCGGGGGACGUGCGCGCGAUCAAGGCGGGGAUCGUUCCCCACCCGGGCUUGUCCGGGGAGAGCGGAGGCGGGAGAGGCCGAGGCGCGGACUUGGACGACGUCUCGCCGUUGCCGCGCUGGGAGGAGACGAACCGGCCGCCGUUUCUGUCGCCGCCGGCGCCGGAGGACGACGUCUCGGAGCCGUGA